UUUAUUGAUACUUUUGGUGAUGGAUAAAACCUGUGUGAUGUAAACAACCAGACUUUCACUUCCUUCAGCCAAUAAAAUAUUUGAUUCUUAGACACAAGAUACCAGUUCCUCUUUGCUGUAGCCUGACUGCCUCUGUACUAGUUGCAGCUUCCACUCUUCUGAAACUGGAUUGUGAUGUGAGGACACAAGUUGGCUGUUGCAGUAUGAUCUUGCAUUAACCCUUUUGGAAGAAGAAAGACUUCAUCAACCAUUACCUAUGUGCAUCCUUUUCUUGAAGUUUGAUCCUCGUCCAGUAUCAAAAAAUGCAUACAGGCUUAUCCUAGCAGCUAAUAGAGAUGAAUUUUACCACAGACCAUCAAAAGCAGCAGACUUUUGGGAUAGUAGCAACGAGAUUCUUAGUGGUUUGGAUAUGGAGGAAGGAAAAGAAGGUGGGACAUGGCUUGGAAUCAGUAAGAAAGGCAAGCUGGCUGCCUUGACAAACUACAUGCAGCCAAAGACUGAUAAAAAUGCAAGGGGAAGAGGUGCACUUGUAACAAAUUUCUUGACAGCAGAUCUGGACAGCUUCUCUUACUUGAAGAAAGUUUCAUCAGAAGGACACCUUUACAAUGGAUUUAAUUUAAUAGCAGCCGACUUGAACACCACCAAGGGAGAUGUAAUUUGCUACUAUGGAAACAAAGGAGAACCAGAACCUAUCUUCCUAAAUGCUGGAAUCUACGGAUUGAGUAAUUGUCUGUUGGAUACCCCAUGGAAGAAACUUCAAUAUGGAAAGCAGCUUUUCACAGAAGUGAUCAAGCAAAGUCAGGACCUUGCCAAUGAAGAUCUGGUGCAGGAGCUCAUUAAAGUGCUGAAUAAUCAAGACCCUCAACUACCAGACCCUGCAAUUGAGGAUCAAGGAAAGGAGUAUGUACUGCCUAUACUGAACAAAUAUGCUGCUGUUUGUGUUCGUUGCCCAGGCUAUGGAACAAGGACUAACACAGUCCUUCUCAUUGAUGCAGAAGGACGUGUUACUUUCACAGAGCGCACCAUGCUCAAUGCAGAUAUCAACAAAUGGAAAACAAGCACCUAUCAGUUCAAACUGCAGACUUAACAACUUUCCAUUUGAAUGGAUCGUGAUAAAAAAAAACACAAGAAAAAGCCAUUAAACUCCACUGAAGGCUUUGUACCAGCCUCCAAAACCCAGAAAUGGCAAGAAAAAGCUUAUUAAAUCCAUAGCAUACGCCAGCAACUACCAAAACCUUUUGCACAAAACUAAGGAAAGAAAGUAACAUUUUGGUUGGAUUAAAAAGCAUUGCUUCUUGUACAAAUAUUUGUUUUAAAUAUAAGGGACACAGUUUAUUUUCUGGACACAAUUUUUAAACUAAAUUGCUAAUAUGCAGGGGAUAGAUAUUCAAGGUAUUGAGUGCUUCUUACACGGUGCUAAAUACCUCAACUCUCUUUUUAUUUCAGUCAGAGCUAAAGACAUGCAGUACCUUGGAACUUAAAGUCCUAUAUUAUUAAAGUUCAGAGAUUUUCAGAAUCUGACUUAAACCUUUAGAAUGAAUAAUGAUAACUUUUUGUACUUCACUCAAUUUGAACAAAGACAAACUAGUCAGAUACAUUUGUUCAUAGUUGAUUUUUAGUCACUUUGUGAAUUGGCCCAACUAUGUAAUAUGACUUCUGGAAAUGAUCCCCAGGAAUGGUGGUGAUGUAAAUCAUAAAAAAAAUACAAUUCUAUAAAACAAAACAUAUCUAUUGAUUUUUAGGCCAAAAUAGUUUUAGAAAAUGUCUGUCUUUUCAACAUAUGCUUAUAAGGUUUUUUGGGCAUUGAUGGAUGUAAGUUAUGUUUGCAACAUUGGUUGUUUCAGUGUAAUUAUAAUAUUUUUUUUCAGAAAUAUACAGUGGAGCAGUGUUCUGCAUAGGGAAAAGGGCUGUUAUUCUUCACAAGUCUAUUUUCCCUAAAACAGUACUGUGUUGAGUAAACAGAUGAUACAAGCUAAAUCAUUCUCAUUUGUACCCAGUACCUGCUUCUGAUGAGGGAAUGAAACUGAAGUUUGGCUCUGUGAUCUGUAAUCUCUUGCUCAGGAGAGAUUAAAGCAUCAUAGAGUGUCAUGGGAUCCCUCUGAUGGGAAGGAAUCAGCUGCUCUGUUUGGUGGCACAUUAUUUGUUGACAUACAGUCUAACCAGCAAUGUAGGCCUCUUUUCUACUUCUAGAUUGAUAACUAGUAGGAUAUGUUUGCAAACAGAAAGUGAUCUAUAUGAAUUUAUACUUACACUUUUUGUAAGUUUUGGUAUUAGCUUUAUUUCUGUACUGGUAAUAAUGUGUUAAAAGCUGGGAGUGAAAGCAGUUAUUGGUUAUAUGGUGACAUUAUUGCAGUAUGAUAGUGGUGGGAAAUCAGGUGUUAAAAAACUUUCCAUGUUCCUUUUAGCUGUAAAUUAUGAAGUUGGUUAUUUAAAUCCAUGUUUUCUUUCCAUAAGCCAAUAUCAAUGAUGCAUGAUAGAGAGAAUCUCUUGCUAAUGUCAAAGUAUUUUAAAAUCCUAGAUUAUUUUUGCUACCACUUUAAUUGCAAUUUAACUUACUCCAAAUGCCAAACCUUGACUCAUUUAUUAAUUGAGUGUGAUGUUCAGAGAACUAUAGAUUCAGAGAACUGUGGAAAAGAUUGCAACUGUAACAGUAUUUCCUGAAUUGUCCAUGGAGAGAUUCAGCCGUUUUCUCUACUCAGAGCCUAUAUUUAGUAUUGAAAUGCUUAGCGGAAAUGGCGGCCUUUUAGGGUGCAGUGUGUGUAUGACUGGAAACCGUAAUUCUUACUGGGGUUACAAUAGAACUGCAAAUGGUUAAUUCCAGAAUAAAGACUAUACAAACAAAAAUCAUAUUAAUCCCUCUUGUAAUUAUUUUAGAUAAGUUUUGACUGUUUAAAUAUUUCUAACAAUGCCAGAUCAGCUCUGAUGUGCUUGGCUGAGCAUGUGUUUCAGUGCUUUGCUUGAUCAGGGCCACACUGUAAUAAGUAAGUGCACCUUCUGAUGAAUUUUAAGUACCACACUGUUUCUGCAAUUAUACCUGUUUGUGUGUCAUGCACUUAGAUUGUUGGCAGUGAACUUCAUUUUGGGGUAAGUGGGAGGAGAAACUAAUAGAUUUUUCUUCUCUUGAGCUAUGGGGGGAGUUUACUAUUUCUUUACGUAACUAUUUAUUCUCAAUUAAAUUAAAACCUUUUGGAGGACAUGUGUUUUAAUAUACAUAUAAACUACAAAGUAAUCUGCUGUACUUGCAAACAUAGUGAAUAUAAACACAAGCAAAAAAGUCCAUAAUCAGUAAUACACGCAAUUACUUUAUAAUUUAAAAUUAAUAGUUAAAAAUGUCUCGUUCGAAUAUUCAAUAACAGUCCGUUUUUAUUCCUAAUGUUCAAGAAUUCUGAUUUAGUCCUCUCCAUUUUGGUUGAGCCUUGAACCUCUAGGCUUUGUUCAACAUAGUACUAAAAUACUAUUUUCAAAAUAUGAGAUUGAUAACUGGCAAGUAUGUAUGUAACUGAUCAUUCACCAUCUGUUUAUCUAUGUCAGAAACACUACCAAAGUAUGAAUGGCCAAAAUUUGAUAUACAUUUAAACUUGUUACCUACAUGGAAAGUGGAAAUACUUGCAAUUGCUUUUCAUCCUCAAAAUAUUUUACCAAUACCAGUCUUCAAAACAGUCCUUUGAGGUCGGUGAGUAUUAAAGUAAAGUAUUAGCCCACUUUGAGGUUUAUUGAUAGGGAAAUUAUAAAUGUAUUUAUUUAAGGUUUAUUGAUAGGGAAAUUAUCUCCCUACCCAGAGACAGAUUGUUAGUGUCAGAGAUUGGAUUCAAAAAUCUUAACUCCCUUACCUGUAAUUUAAAUCAGUCUCUUGACAUCUGGGUUUUGUAUUCAGUUUAUCCAACUUCUAAUUGGGGAGAGUUGAAACCAAAAAAAUCACACAUUGCUUUAGGAGAACUCCACAAGAUAUUCAGAGUUCCUCUGCUAGGUUAAUACAGUGAUCCUUCCUUAUUCUUCUUGAAUUUUUAUGGAAAUUUUGCCCUUGGCUUUGGUGGAAACAGCAUCAGGCCCCCUAUUCACAGAGCUGCAUUAAUAUCAGCAACAGUGCUCAAGUACAGAAAUGUUCAGGUAUUAUUAACUGCAUAAGUUUGUGUUCAUUGAGGAGUGCUAAUUUUAGUUGUUUUCAAUCACUGGAAAAGUCAACUGUAACCAAAUGACAAGACCAAAUUGACAGAGAACACAUUUUAUUUUAUAAGAUAUUUUAAAGAGACUAUAAAUGUAAAACUACAAAUCAGAUUAUUGGAUGACAUGCUUUUAGGUUUCCUGCUGUGAAAUUAAUCUGUGUGGGGUAUUUAUUUAAAGUCUUAGGGUUACCGAAGCUUUCUCCUUCCAGUUUUCUUCCACUGUGAUGAUUAGAAUUUUUAAAUACUAUUUAUGCUUCUUGAGUCCAUUUUUUCCCUUUUUAAGCUUUUUUUAAAUGUUGUCAUUUGUAUAUCUGUAUGCAAAGUCCGAAUAAAUUGGUGACCAAAUCUUUGCCAGCCUAAUAACUG